UUUUUUUUAGUGGUUCUUCUAUAACACCAUAAUCCCCAACGGGGUAUUAUCAGAAAUCAUCAACCUAAACGUACCCGGGAUCGUUCCUCGUCUCUCCUUUGUCCCCGACUCGACCGUCGAUCAUUAGAAUCCAGCUCAUGUUUUAGUUUUGCUCGGUGUUUUAGUGUUGAGGGGGGGGCUCUUAAACUAGUGUCUGGUUAAAUAAAGACUAGCUCAGCCAUGUGGAUGCGUCUGUUGAACAGCUGAAGGGUGCUCCAGCCUACGGAGAGACGGAACGUGUAAUGUGUGCAUAUGAAAGGGGAGCGAGGAGGAGGAGGAGGGAGAGUGUGUGUGGAAAAAGGAAGCAGAGUCUGUGAACGAACGGAGAACUCACUGAUCCCCUGGAACCGGAGCACUCGAUACAAACAAUUUACUUUUUUUUUUUCAUACGCAAGAUAUCAAGAAGCUACACCACGUCGAAAAAACCCCAGGGGAAACGGAGGCAACCGUGUGUUUUCGGGAACGGCUGCCUCGGAGAUUAUUACGUGAUUACACGAGCAAAAGUGAGCCCAGGCAGGGCCGUCUUUUGUUGAGGCAAGUGGUCGUUCGCCUGUGUAGCAGGCAGGCAGGCAGGCAGCUGAAGGAUAAAGUGUCUGCCUGAUUAUUGUUUCAAGCCUCUGGUUUCUUGGAUCUGGCCCAGGACACGGGGUUUUAUUCGACGGGGUCAUCCUUGGUGAGGAUUGAAGUAGUUUGUGGCGGUUACUUUGGAACUGUACAGACAUCAGACUGGCGGCUUUUCCUGAAACACUGGGGUUGUUGGUGUGGCUGAAUUUUCCCUGGAUUUGAUUGGUCAAUUCAGAAGACUGAAGCCCAGGCUGACAGUCUACCUUUCACGGAGGCCCAGCCGUGAGAGGACUGAGGAAGGCACGUGGCGAAUCAUGACCGCGGACAAAGACAAGCCAGACAGGGAGAAGGACAGGGACAGAGACCGAGACAGGGAGAGGGACAGAGAGAGGGACAGAGACCGGGACAAGAGGGACAAAGCGUCCAGGGAGAGCGAGAGCUCACGACCGCGCCGUAGCUGCACGCUGGAGGGCGGAGCUAAGAACUACGCGGAGAGCGAGGACGAGGAUAACGAGAACAGGGGAGGGGCCGGGGCAGUAGGCGGGGUCAACAUGGGGAUGGGGGAGGAGUCAGGGAAGAAGGGAAAGAAGAAGAUGAUCAAGAAGAAGUCGAGGUAUGAACGGAUGGAGAACGGAGAGAUCACUUCCUUCAUUACUGAAGACGAUGUUGUUUACAGACCUGGCGAUUGUGUAUAUAUGGAGAGCCGCAGGCCCAACACUCCCUACUUCAUAUGUAGCAUUCAGGAUUUUAAACUGAGUAAGCGAGACCAUCUGUUACUCAGUGUUAAAUGGUACUACCGUCAGUCAGAGGUCCCAGACUCAGUCUACCAACACCUGGUGCAGGAUCGCAACAAUGAUAACGAUUCUGGCCGGGAGCUAGUCAUCACAGACCCCGUGGUCAAGAGCAGAGAACUCUUCAUCUCCGACUAUGUGGACACAUACCAUGCUGCUGCCCUCAGGGGGAAGUGUAACAUUGCCCAUUUCUCCGACAUCUUUGCUGCCAGGGAGUUCAAAGCUCGCAUCGACUCCUUUUUCUACAUCCUGGGAUACAACCCAGAGACCAGGCGACUAAACAGCACACAAGGAGAGAUCAGAGUGGGGCCGAGUCACCAAGCCAAGCUUCCCGAGCUGCAGCCCUUCCCCUCCGAGGCCCCGGGGGGCCUGGGUCAGGCUGUGACAGAGAAUGAGGAGCUGGUGUGGAUGCCAGGGGUCAACGACUGUGACCUGCUCAUGUACCUCAGGGCUGCAAGGAGCAUGGCGGCCUUCGCUGGGAUGUGUGACGGCGGAUCUACAGAAGACGGUUGCCUAGCAGCCUCGCGAGACGACACCACACUCAACGCACUCAACACGCUUCACGAGAGCAGUUACGAUGCAGGCAAGGCCCUACAGCGCCUGGUCAAGAAGCCUGUUCCCAAACUCAUAGAGAAGUGCUGGUCAGAAGACGAAGUGAAGCGGUUCAUUAAAGGGCUCAGACAGUACGGCAAGAACUUCUUCAAGAUUCGUAAAGAGCUGCUACCCAACAAGGAAACGGGUGAGUUGAUAACCUUCUACUACUACUGGAAGAAGACUCCUGAGGCGGCGUCGUCCAGGGCCCACCGUCGCCACCGUCGCCAGCCUGUGUUCCGACGCAUCAAGACACGCACUGCCUCAACCCCCGUCAACAUCCCGUCUAGACCCCCCUCCUCAGAGUUCUUGGACCUGAGUUCCGCCAGUGAAGAUGACCUGGACAGUGAAGACAGUGAGCAGGAGCUGAAGGGUUACGCCUGCAGACACUGUUUCACCACCACCUCUAAGGACUGGCACCACGGGGGCAGAGAGAACAUCUUGUUGUGUACAGACUGUCGUAUCCACUUUAAGAAGUACGGCGAGCUGCCCCCCAUCGAGAAGCCCGUGGACCCGCCUCCGUUUAUGUUCAAACCCGUCAAAGAGGAUGAGGAUGGACUCAGCGGGAAACAUAGCAUGAAGACCCGACGUAACAGAGGAUCGAUGUCGACGCUCCGUAGUGGCCGGAAGAAGCAGACAGCCAGUCCUGAUGGACGAGCGUCUCCAACCAAUGAGGACCUGCGGUCUAGUGGCCGUACCUCCCCCUCCGCAGCCUCCACAGACAGCACUGACAGCAAGACAGACCCCAUGAAGAAACCCAGCAAGAAGAUUAAGGAGGAGUCUCCUAUGAAGAGUGCCAAACGCCAGAGAGAGAAGGGAGGAGCCUCAGACACAGAGGACACAGACAACAGGACAAGUGCCAAGAAGUCCAAGACCCAGGAGCUGGGUCGGUCCGACUCGCCGUCAGAAUGCGAGGGAGAGGGAGAGGGCGAGAGCUCAGACGGGCACAGCGUCAACGAGGAGUGUAGCAGUGAUGCUAAAGACAUCGACCAGGAUAACCGCAGCUCCUCGCCCUCCAUCCCCAGCCCCCGAGACGGGGAGAGUGACUCGGACUCCUCCGCCCAGCAGCAGCUGCUCCUACUGCAGAGACAAGAGAGAGAGAGGGAGAGAGAGGGGCAGUCGCAGCACCCUCCGGUUAUCCAGUCCUGUCAGCCAGGGACCUCGGGUGGUCGUUCCACCACCCCUCCAUUACCUUCCACGUCCUCCUCAGUCCCCUCACUGGUCCCCCAGGUCCCACCCUCCUUCGCACCCCCCACUUCUCUUCCACUGCCUCUACCGCCUUCCAUGCCCCAACAGGCCGGCCCCCUCUCUCUCAACCAAUCAGGGGCAUCCAUCCACCCACAGCGGCGGCCCUCCCCCUCGCCUCAUUCUCCGCAGCAGGGGUUGUCUCAGGUUCCACCCCCAGGACCGCCAGGCUCCACCCAGUCGCUACCGAGCACGUUCCACGGCCCGCUGCCCCACUCAUCAUCCAUGCCGCACCCACUCCAAACUGGCCCCUCUCACCUGCCCCACCCCCACUCCCUGCCCCCUCAGAGCUUCCCAUUGGGCCCCCAGUCUCAGGUCCCGCCCUCCCCGCCCUCUCAUUCAAUCGCAGCAGCCGUCUCACAGGGCCCACACGCCCCCAGCCAAUCAUCGUCGUCCCAGGGUGGCUCGUCCAAUCAGCCGCACCGCGAGCAGCCCCUACACCCCGCCCCUUCCAUGUCCAUGCCCCACAUCAAGCCCCCUCCGACCACACCCAUCCCCCACAUGCCCAACCGCGACCCUCAGUCUCACAAACACGCCUCCACACCUCUCAGCGCCCCCCUUCCCCAGAUGCCCUCCAACCUGCCCCCUCCACCUGCCCUCAAGCCCCUUUCCUCCCUGUCCGCCCACCACCCUCCUCCUGCCCACCCUCCUCCCCUCCAGCUCAUGCCCCAGGGCCCAGGCCAGCAGCUCCAGCCUCCACCAGCCCAGCCCCUGUCCUCACCCAGUCCCAGAAUCUCCCCCUUUCAGAGAGAGAGAGGCAGCCAGCAUCACCCUCCUCCUCUUCCCCUUUCUGGACCAUCACCGUCCUCCCACCCCAACAUUCCCCAACAGUCCCCGUUCCCUCCUCACCCCUUCGCCCCUGUCCUGCCCCUCUCCUCCUCUGGCUGUCCUCCCCCCUCCUCAUCCUCCUCUCUACCAGCAGGCCUCCAGCCCCCCUCUUCCUCCAUCUCCAUGCCCCUCCCAGCCUCCGUCGGCUCCGCCUGCCCAGGCCCCGCCGUCCCACCUGUACACAUCAAGGAGGAACCUCUCGACGAAUCAGAGGAGCCCGAGAGCCCUCCGCCCCCUCCUCGGAGCCCCUCCCCCGAGCCUACCGUCGUCAACACGCCCAGCCAUGCCAGCCAAUCAGCACGGUUCUACAAGCACCUGGACCGUGGGUACAACACGUGUGCUAGAACAGACUUCUACUUUACUCCUCUGGCUGCUUCUAAACUGGCCAAGAAGAGAGAAGAGGCGCUGGAGCGGGUCAAGAGGGAGGCCGAGCAGAAAGCCCGGGAGGAGAAGGAGAGGGAGAAGGAACGAGAGAGAGAACGGGAAAGAGAGAAGGAACAGGAGAGAGCUGUGAAAGCCUCCAGUUCGUGUCACGACGGCCGUAUGGGUGACCCCCAGAUGGGUGGCUCCGCCCACAUGCGUCCUCCCUUCGACGGCCCCCCUACCUCCAUCGCCGCGGUGCCCCCUUACAUCGGCCCCGACACGCCCGCCCUGCGCACCCUCAGCGAGUACGCCCGCCCCCACGUCAUGUCCCCGACCAAUAGGAACCACCCCUUCUUCGUCUCCCUCAACCCCAACGACCCCCUGAUGGCCUAUCACAUGCCUGGCCUCUACAACGCCGACCCGGGCAUGCGGGAGCGCGAGCUGCGAGAGCGGGAGAUGAGGGAGAGAGAAAUGAGGGAGAGGGAGCUGAGAGAGAGGAUGAAGCCUGGGUUCGAACACAAACCCCCGGAACUAGAAGGCAUGCACCCCUCGGCGAACCCCAUGGAACACUUCGCCCGACACGGGGCCAUCUCCUUACCAUCCAUGGCGGGACCGCACCCCUUCGCCUCCUUCCACCCAGGUCUCAACCCCUUGGAGAGGGAGCGUUUGGCGUUGGCCGCGGGACCCCAGCUCAGACCAGACAUGAGCUACCCGGAGCGGCUGGCGGCGGAGAGGCUGCACGCCGAGAGGAUGGCGGCGGUGGCCAACGACCCUAUCGCCAGGCUUCAGAUGUUCAACAUCACGCCUCAUCACCACCAGCACUCCCACAUCCACUCACACCUGCACCUUCACCAGCAGGACUCCCUGCACCAAGGCGGUGGUGAAUGUCUUGUGUGCCCUCCAGGUUCGGGGGGGCACCCCCUCGUAGACCCCCUGGCAGGAGGCCCCCACCUCGCCCGCUUCCCCUACCCGCCCGGUGCAAUCCCCAACCCCCUCCUGGGACAGAACCCACACGAACAUGAGAUGCUGCGACACCCGGUCUUUGGUACUCCGUACCCCCGGGACCUUCCUCCCCAGAUGUCCGCAGCCCACCAGCUCCAGGCCAUGCAUGCCCAGUCUGCAGAGCUUCAGCGGCUAGCUAUGGAACAGCAGUGGCUGCAUGGACAUCACCACAUGCACGGUGGCCCACUUCCUGGCCAAGAGGACUAUUACAGCCGGCUGAAGAAGGAAAGCGACAAGCAACUGUAACCGACCAAUGGGGACGCAGGAAGUUGCCUAGGACACAGGAACAGGAAGUAGUUACAGAGCGGUCUGUCAGUCAGAGGAACUCGAUCUCCGCUCCUCCAAACAUUUCCCGUUACGAAGAACAACAAAAACUGAAGGAGAAAAAAAGAGGAGGAUUUUUCUGUUGUCUGUUUUUUCCUUCCCUGUUCGUGGGUUGUUUUUUUAUUUUUUUUUGUAUUUUUUAAGAACAUUGAGAGACUUUGUUUGGUGUAAAACUUUUAGCCUUCAAGUAGUGGCACCGACUUCAAGACUGAUUGUGACUUUCCUGCAUGAAACCUCCUCUAAAGCUUCCACAACGUGUUUGUAGCUAGCACACGUUCACUGUGCUAGUCGAUGGAAAGGAAACCAGGCAGAGAAAAGAACGUUCCAGACAUUAUAUCCACGGAAAGAUUCAAAACAAAGUGCUAUUGUUAUUUUAAUACCUUAUUGGAGGUUUUUAUCAUUUGAACGAAAAGCUGCAGCAUGGCAUUUUUUGAGUCUGUAAAUAGUAUAUAUAUAUAUAUAUAUAUAUAUAUAUACAUAUAAUUAUUAUUAUUAUAAUUGUUACUAGGUGUGGACUCUGAACCAAGUCAUUUAUAAACCUCCAAUAUGUUAUUGUGUUCUGAAGCAUUAUGCCUUGUUUUAACGGGGGGGGGGACGACAUAGCAUUACUAGAACAGCCAAAGGGUACAGCGAUGGUCCCAGUCCUGUGGGGUACCUCAGAGAGCUGUUAUAGCCCCAGACUCUCACAGCGAUGGUCCUAGUCCUGUGGGGUACCUCAGAGAGCUGUUAUAGCCCCAGACUCUCACAACGAUGGUCCCAGUCCUGUGGUGUGGUGUACCUCAGAGAGCUGUUAUAGCCCCAGACUAUCACAGCGAUGGUCCCAGUCCUGUGGUGUGGGGUACCUCAGAGAGCUGUUAUCGCCCCAGACUCUCACAGCGAUGGUCCCAGUCCUGUGGGGUACCUCAGAGAGCUGUAUAGCCGCAGACUCUCACAGCGAUGGUCCCAGUCCUGUGGGGUACCUCAGAGAGCUGUUAUAGCCCCAGACUAUCACAGCGAUGGUCCCAGUCCUGUGGUGUGGGGUACUUCAGAGAGCUGUUAUAGCCCCAGACUCUCACAGCGAUAGUCCCAGUCCUGUGGUGUGGGGUACCUCAGAGAGCUGUUAUAGCCCCAGACUCUCACAGCGAUAGUCCCAGUCCUGUGGUGUGGGGUACCUCAGAGAGCUGUUAUAGCCCCAGACUCUCACAGCGAUGGUCCCAGUCCUGUGGGGUACCUCAGAGAGCUGUUAUAGCCCCAGACUCUCACGUACACAAGACUGUCCCAUCCACCUCCUUUCAUUAUACGCCUCUUGACAAGCACCAUAUUGUCGGACAGAAUGCCUGAACUUACUGGGUCGAGUUAAUGAUUUGAGACCCUUGAAGAGGACUGACUAUAUCUCAGAGUCACCGAGUCAUCUAUGGAUCAGCAUAUCCCCCUACCCUGCCCUGUAGUGUACAAUACCCUGAUGCAGACAUCGUCUAUUGCACUCCAAGGAAGACUAGAUAGAAUCCCUCAGUUACUUCUUAAUGGAUGUUAGGUUACUACUCUUUGUGGAAGACUAGAUAGAAUCUCUCAGUGCUUUUAAUUGGGUUUGACACUCUACUCGACAUCGGUAUUGAGUCAACAUAAUUAAGAAACGUUUAAAGUUUAUAGGCAGAUUUUUAAACCUUGUUUUACAAUGUAUUAAAUUGUCUUCGUGUCUUCAAGCUACACUGAGACCCCAACGUGUGUUCUGAUCUGACUGUGGGUGAGUGGACUUGUACAAGGGUGCUAGAGGGAACUGCGGGUGGUGGUGAUGUUAACCCUGGUUUCCUCACUCCUCUAUUUGUCCCAAGUGUGGCUGCUACAGCAAGACUUCUCUAGCCUGGUAUGUUUGUGCCGUCUUGACAACUCCUAGGGUACCAGGCUAGUGUGUCUCCUCCAUGAGGGGAUCCUGAUAUAAUGUGUGCUGUGCUGCCAUAUUCACUGUGACUAACAGGCCUAGCUACAUGGGAGGGCAGGGGCCCAGUACUGGGACCAUAUUCUAGGAAGUGGAGCUGUAAUGUUGGUGGUCCUAUUGCCUCCAGGCUCUCGCUGUUCUCCCCUGCUGGCUGGUCAGCCGGCCCCUCAGCCGGCCCCUCAGCCUGCACAGCUUCUCCUGGCCUCCCCUACAAUGCCGGGGUGUGGAGUGUACUGUACGCCAUGCCAUUGACUGUUCUGUUCAGUUCACCUGACUGUCAUACCAGUCAACUGGCUGUUAGUUCUCACCUAUCCUAUGUUAGCCUAUGGUUGAGUUCCUUCUACUCCUCUCUGGUCCGUCCAUGUGCUCUGUUUGUCUGUUCAAUGCACAUUCACUCAUCUCAUGUACUCCUCUUCAUCUGCUGCUGCCUCCUCUUUCUGAUACCACCCUCCUCCUCUUUCUGAUACCACCCUCCUCUUUCUGAUACCACCCUCCUCCUCUUUCUGAUACCACCCUCCUCCUCUUUCUGAUACCACCCUCCUCCUCUUUCUGAUACCACCCUCCUCUUCUUUCUGAUACCACCCUCCUCCUCUUCCUGAUACCACCCUCCUCCUCUUCCUGAUACCACCCUCCUCCUCUUCCUGAUACCACCCUCCUCCUCUUUCUGACACCACCCUCCUCCUCUUUCUGAUACCACCCUCCUCCUCUUUCUGAUACCACCCUCCUCCUCUUUCUGAUACCACCCUCCUCCUCUUUCUGAUACCACCCUCCUCCUCUUUCUGAUACCACCCUCCUCCUCUAUCUGAUACCACCCUCCUCCUCUUUCUGAUACCACCCUCCUCCUCUUUCUGAUAUCACCCUCCUCCUCUUUCUGAUACCACCCUCCUCCUCUUUCUGAUACCACCCUCCUCCUCUUUCUGACACCACCCUCCUCCUCUUUCUGACACCACCCUCCUCCUCUUUCUGACACCACCUUCCUCCUCUUUCUGACACCACCUUCCUCCUCUUUCUGACACCACCCUCCUCCUCUUUCUGACACCACCUUCCUCCUCUUUCUGACACCACCCUCCUCCUCUUUCUGACACCACCCUCCUCUUUCUGAUACCACCAUUCUCCUCUUUCUGAUACCACCCUCCUCCUCUUUCUGAAACCACCCUCCUCUUUCUGACACCACCCUCCUCUUUCUGACACCACCCUCCUCUUUUUGAUACCCUUCUCCUUUUUCUGACACCCUCCUCCUUCUCUUUCUGACACCCUCCUCCUCCUCUUUCUGAUACCACCCUCCUCUUUCUGACACCCUCCUCCUCUUUCUGACACCCUCCUCUUUCUGACACCCUCCUCCUCUUUCUGACACCCUCCUCCUCUUUCUGACACCCUCCUCCUCUUUCUGACACCCUCCUCUUUCUGACACCCUCCUCUCUCUGACACCCUCCUCCUCUUUCUGACACCCUCCUCCUCCUCUUUCUGACACUACCCUCUUCUUCCUGCCUUUUAGUGUUCUCUCUCCUCUCCUCCAAACCCUUGGAUGUUAGGUGUUAUCAAUGGUUUAUCUUCUCAUUUCCAAGCAGCAAUAGCAGAAUGUCUAUACAUUCUGACCGGCUAAGAUUUAUAUAUAUAACUGGUAUCUUGAAGCAUAUUGUAUAUAUUAGUAGUCACCAUGGGGAUGACGACAUGACAAUGUAAACAAAACGUAGAAAUAAUAAGAAAGUGAGUCCUGUGUUCUCUCUCCAUUUGAGUAUUUUGUAAUUUUUUUGAAAAAUGUGUGGAAUUAAAAUAAACGAAUAAGUUACACCUCAA